AUGAAUGAGCCGGAGAUAGGAACGUCUUCAUCACUUGAUACAAGGAAUGUUGCCAAAUCAGUGAACCAAAGCAUAAACUGGUUCAGCGGCUGUGACAAGAUGGAAAUCCUGAAUGGUGUGAAUGGAAAAACUUUAUCUGAAGCUGGUGGAGGGAAGCAAUCCAUCUCCCGGCUUUGCAAAUCUUCUAUAUUUGCACAAUGGAUUGCGUUGUCGAUCGCUGCGACGGGGGUGAAGAAGCAGGAAAACCUUUAUGCUGACGCCAAAGCAGCAGCUACUGAUUACCAGGAAGCCAAGAAGGCCGCAAAUUCAUCUCUGGAGACUGGAGGAUUUUCGUCGUGGGUGUCCAAACCGCUUGAAAUUGAUUCAUUCGCACUCUCUUAAUGGAUAGAAAUAUAUAUUUUUGUGAGAAUUCUUCGGAAUUGACUCGUCUUGUUGAAACAAAAUCGGCGUUUCGUGUGAAAAUCUGUUCGUUUGAGGAGGUUUUGCAUACGUGGAUUGAACAAGCGGGAAACAAUUCCGAGACG